CAUUGAAACUGAAACUGAAACAACCAACUCUUUACUUCAAUCUUCAUUCUUUUGAUAUUGUAUUUGUUUUUGUUGAGGUUGUGUUUGCAUGUUGAAAUAGUAUUUUGUUUUAAAUUAACAUUCACGAUGAAAUGCCACAGUGUUUUAGCAUUCUUCGUUAUCAGCUUAAUAAGUAAAGGGAACUGCUUUGGUAUUGGAUCAACCUUAUAUUGCUAUCAGUGUAUAUCGACACAUCCGGGUUGUCAACCGUUCAACUGGUGGUGGCAUUGGAGCCAGGCUUGCCCCGAGGAAGAUGAUACUUGUGUCAAAAUCAUUGAGAGAAAAGGAGGCAAUGAAGUGGUAACACGUAACUGUCUGAGCUCUCUAAGAGCUAUCCGGACUGAUAUUCCCGCAGAUCACUACGAGGGGUGCCGUAAGGCGGCCACUGACUUUAAGCUGGCUCACUACGUCAACAACUCCAUCAAGGAGCUUGAUAUCAAACGGGACUAUUAUGACGAGGUGACGUGGUGUUUCUGCUACUUUGACAACCGCUGCAACAGUGCAGCCACUACGACAGUGUCACUAGUCACAAUCCUGGCCUCGACGUUGUUAGCUCUAAAGAUGUACAUGUGAUCCUUAGUGUAACUUGCAAGCCUGAAUCUCGCUUUCUGCAGUCAUGACUCAAGUUUGCUACUAAUCUAGAUACAAAUUUGGAAUCUUGACAUAAAUAGGUGAAAUCCCAGCAAACUCUUAGACCCAACAAACACAAAGUUGCAAACCAGCUGCACCGACAAUCAGUUGGCUACCAAACAUAACUCCUUUCCACAUGCAGGUGUAAACAGAUGCACUCGUGAAUAAUUCGUAUUGUAUUUUACAUUUGAACCCUAGGCUAUUCGUAGUAACUAAAUAGCUAACUCAGUUGAAUAAAAAUCAAAUCCUAUCUUAUCUUUAAUUGAUAAGACUGGUUGAGCAAUCCUUAUUUAAGAUGCAAAAUUCAGCUUUCUCUGUGUGCGCUGGCCCUUAACAUUUCACUUGUACGAUUUUAGUUUUUUACCAAUCUUUUUUUAUUUUUUACUUUUUGUGCACAUGUGUAUUUAUUGAAGUUUAAUAUAGGCUAUUAGCAAUAGGCGGUGUAAGUUGCCUGUACACAUUUCAAAGACCUUAAUUUAAAUGUAAUUGAUUUGAAAUUUUUUUUAUUAAUAUGAGCCAAACCACAGAAAACAUACUACUAUAAUCCAAAAUGCUAACCG